AUGGCAGACAAUGCUACACAUCACUACAUCUCAUCUUUUUUCCUGGUUGGUAUUCCUGGUUUGCAAGCUUUUCAUCGCUGGAUUGGCAUCCCUGUCUUCCUCCUGUUUGUCCUGGCCCUGCUGGGGAACAGCGUAAUCAUCAUCACCAUCAAACUAGAACCAAGCCUCCACCAGCCUAUGUAUUUCUUCCUUUGCAUGCUGGCAGUGAAUGACAUGGCUCUUGCCUCUUCCACAGCCCCCAAGAUGCUUGGUAUCUUCUGGUUGGAUGCUCACAGGUUUGAUUUUAGUAUCUGCCUAGCACAAAUGUAUUUUAUCCACACAUUCUGCAUAAUGGAGUCAGCCCUCUUGGUUGCCAUGGCGUUUGACCGCUAUGUAGCUAUUUGUAUCCCACUGCGUUAUACAACCAUCCUGACAACACCAGUGGUCAUUAAAAUGGGUCUUGCUGGUAUGACCCGAGCUGCCUUUAUGGUUUUGCCCUGUCCUCUUCUUAUUAAAAGGCUACCAUAUUACACUAAAUAUGUCAUCAACCAUGCCUACUGUGAACACAUGGCUGUGGUGAAGUUGGCCAGUGCCAACACCCUCAUUAACAGAGCAUAUGGAAUCUCUGUGGCCCUUUCAGUGAUGGUGUUGGACCUCGGGCUCAUAGCCACAUCCUAUAUCAAAAUCCUCCAGGCAGUCUUCCAGAACACCCGCUCGAAGGCGCUGGGCACCUGUGCUGCUCACGUCUGCACUAUACUUGUGUCCUACACACCUGCGCUGUUUAGUUUCCUAACUCACCGCAUUGGCAAGAAGGUACCUCCAAGCAUUCAUAUAAUUCUUGCAAGUUUGUAUCUUUUGAUGCCUCCCACAGUCAAUCCUCUGGUGUAUGGUGUCAAAACCAAGCAGAUUCGUGACCGAGUAGUUAAUCUUUUCUUCCAAAUAAGAAGAUUUCUGAAAACUAAAAUAUGUAAAUUUCAGCCCAAAUUAGUAAAAAAUGAUUAUUGA